GUAAUGCUACUAACAACUAGCCAGCUCGGAGGAUAAGUUCCCCAAAGUGAAAAUACGAGAGUUUGCUCGCAACGACAGCGCAUUGGCAAAAUGGUAGCUGUCCGCUUGAUACUUGGCAUACUGCCGAUCGUUCUUCUUCUGUCGAAACCUGCAAGCUCCAUUAAGUGCGAUAAAGAAACAAGCAACACGGAACUUUUGCUCAAACAACACCUGCUCUGCAACGGGUACGAUGCUAAGAUACGGCCUGCGAAAAGUGAAUUCGACUCGAUCAACAUAACUUCGUAUACGUAUGUGACUGAUUUUGAUGUUAACGAGUACAUGAGAAUUUUGCACGUUGAAAUUGUCUAUUAUAUGUCUUGGAACGAUCAGGCAUUACAAUGGAAUGUUUCGGACUGGUCCAACAUUACAGAACUGCAAUUCAAUAACGAUGAACUUUGGUUUCCACAGUUCGAGCAUAUUACUCACGAAUACGAAGCAGUAUCAUCAUUGUCUUGCGACAAUCCACGUUUCUUGGUACAUAAUCUAGGGCGGAUUAUUUAUGUACCAAUUUGUAAUCUCCGUGUUAAAUGUUCACCAGACUAUACACGUUAUCCCUACAACACAAUGUAUUGCCACACGUGGUUCUCGAACCACGAUAAGGAGCUUGUGGACGAAAUCAAUUUCUUACCCUUGCACACGUUAAUGAUUAUGCACAGAAAACCUGCAUUGGCCAUGUGGUGCUUGAUGGAAUUUAACGCCAGCGAUGCUAUGCUGGACAUGCCGGGCGCUACCAGGCGUACCGUCCAGGAACUACGUUUCAAUUUACAACACACUCCUCAUUCUGCACUGGCUACGAUAUACUUUCCAACAUUCGUUCUCAUAAUGUUGAAUAUGUUCAUCUGCUGGUUGCAGUCGCUUGCAAGUGAAAGGAUAAAGAUAAUUCUGUUGUCUUUGGUGUGCCAUUUCCGGAUUCUUGACAAGAUGACAAUUUACUCGAGUACCGUAGUACCAGACGUGGUGGUAUUUAUAAUCGCAUCAAUGGUAUUGACUAUACUGUUGUUUGCGAUCACACUGAUGCUUCGCUGGCUCAACGAUCUGCAUGCAACUCCACCAAGAACGAUCAUGCGUUGGAUGAAGCACCUUAACAAUAUGCGUGCGGUCGAUUGGUUCCUCCGGACAGAGUAUCUUAGCCUUGGACACAAACCUGUUGCAGCUACCAACUAUGUUGAGCUAAGGGAUUGGCCAACGAUUGUGAAGCUCGCCGAUCGUUGCGUAUUAGUGCUGUAUGGAUUCAUUUAUCUACUCCUCUUCUGGAUGUACAUUCCAUUGCAGCAUGAUAAGUAUAACUUCGAACUAGAUGAACUUCUUUGCUCCAAUUAAAAUAGUAAUAAAAUGAAAGAUUAUAAAA